AUGCGCUGGCUCAUCGGCAAAAUACGUAAACCAAGCUUGGGGAAAAGGUCUAUUGGUCUUUCAGCCUCUAUGGCUCAACGAGCUACCGCUGAGCAAAAGAGGUUCCUCGUCUCCUACAUGGAACGACACCCAGCAUUUUGCCAAAGAGAGUUUGCAUCCCCUCAGGGGGCUGUUCUAAUCCGCCAAACUUGGGAAAGGCUGGCAAACAUGCUUAAUGAAGUGGAAGAUGGUGCAAAUAAAUCCACUGAUCAAUGGAUGAGGUAUUGGACUGACCAGAAAAAAACUGUAAAAGCCCGUGCUGCCCAGGUUUAUCGGGCCCUUGGUCGGGGUACCGGCGGAGGCCCAGCACUCGACGUGCACCUCACGAGCUAUGAACUGAGAGUACUUACGUGCAUGGGUGGUUGGGUGCGCAUUUCUGGAUUCGCAGACAUUGUGGACCCCCUUGAGGUUGAUCCAAUGCAAUUUGAUCCGCGUCCAAGGUUUGCGCAACCCCAACCAACAAACCAACGCUUCAAUCCACCUGCUCACAGGCUGGCUCUUGCUCAGCGACAGUUUGCUGAGGCUCAGCAACGGUUGGCUCAGGCUCAGGAACAGUUGGACCAGGCUCAGCCACCUCAGCGUCCUCAGCCUCUUCAGCGUCCUCAACCUCCUCAGCCUCUUCAGCGUCCUCAACCUCCUCAGCCUCUUCAGCGUCCUCAACCUCCUCAGCCUCCACAGCUAUUCAAACGGAUGAGGACUGAUGUUCAAGUUGAAGAGCCCCAAGAACCCCAUGAACCAACUGUUGACAUGAAUUGGGUCGAGCCCCAAGAACCCCAUGAACCAACUGUUGACAUGAAUUGGGUCCUGGAUGAGGAUGCUUCACCCAGCACUUUCACGGACUUAGGCUCUGCAACAUCUGACUUCUGGUCAGUUGUCCAAUCUAGUCCUUCUGCUGGGCAGACUGAGACUGUCAAGACAACUUUUCCAGCUUCGAGCAGUGUCCAACCAUCCACUGCACCCUUUCAGCAGUAUCAGCAUAGUUUGUCUGUCAUGCAGCCAUCUCAAGUACCAGCAUCCAGUGGCAAGUUCAUCUCGCUCCAACCGAAUACUUUUGCUGGGCCGGUCAGAACGAGUGAUUUGGCAGCUUCGUCUUUUAAGACUACAGCUAUGAAGAGCACUGUGCCACUGGUUAAACCACCCACUGUCCAGCAAUAUCAGCGCAGCUUGCCUGUCUUGGAGCCAUCUCAGGCUCAAGUACCAGCAUCCAGUGGCACAUCAGCCUCUCUGCCGACAAGUAAACUUAUUGCUGUCCAACCAAGUACAUCUGCUGGGCAGCAGACUGUCAAGAAAACUGGCGUGGCUGCUGCAGCUGUGAAAAGUACUGUGGUGCAACCGGCUAAACCACCCACCACUGUAAAUUUCCAGCAACAGCGCAGCCUGUCCAUCUUGCAGCCAUCAAGGAAACUUAUCACUCUCCAACCAAAUAUUUCUGCCGGGCAGAGUGCUGCUAUGUGUUUGAAGAGUACUGGCCAACCAAGUACAUCAGCCUCUCUGCCGACAAGUAAACUUAUCGCUGUCCAACCAAGUACAUCAGCCUCUCUGCCGACAAGUAAACUUAUCGCUGUCCAACCAAGUACAUCAGCCUCUCUGCCGACAAGUAAACUUAUCGCUGUCCAACCAAGUACAUCAGCCUCUCUGCCGACAAGUAAACUUAUCGCUGCCCAACCAAGUACAUCUGCAGGGCAGCAGACUGUUAAGACAGCUGGUCCGGCUUCUACAUCUUUGAAGAGGGCUGUCACUGUGCAACAGGUUCAACCAUCCAGUCGUACACCUGCAUCUGCUUCAACAGUGAAGUUAAUCACUGUCCUACCUCAUACUUCUGCUGGGCAGCCUGCCAAGACAAGUGUUCCAACUGCUCCACCUGUGAGGAGCUCUAAUACGGUGCAACUGGCCCAAUCACCCCCUGUUUUGAUUUCUGGCCUGCCUUGGUCAUCAAGCCUGAACGGCAAGAAGUUGAAGUCUCCUCCUGUGGCUACGUCAACACCGAUCAAGGAUGGUCUUCAGUAUAUUGUUCUUAGGUCUCCUCUAAGUUGUGAUAUCCCUACAAAUGGUGUCCCAGUUUGCAAGGACUCUCAGUCAUGUAAUUUAAGGCACCAAGCAUAG